AGAAAGCAGCGGCACAUGCGAUCGAUAAACACCGUUGCUUGCAGAAGAGGGAACGCACGUUGCGUCAUGCGACGCGUGCGCAACCUCACCUUUUCGUUUUCGAAAAAAUCACGCCGCGAUCUACGUGCUUCGGCGUGCGUCGCUGGCCAAGUUCACCUACCCUGCUCCGUUUGAAAUAACGUCCACGCGACUCGCGAGCCAUCGGCACGUGACGAACGGCGGGGUGAACGUGAAAAUUUCGUCGGGAGGCAACCAGGCACGAAUUUAUCGUUUCGACGAUACGUUGCCGAUUUCGUCAGCACCGGCUGAGCGCGACGGCUGAAGCUUAUGGGAGGGUAUAAAAAGCGGAGACAAGGUCACCUUACCAGUCAGAAGACUUUGAGCUGUCAGACAAGUCGGACGUACGGACCUGCUGGUAAACCAUUCAAAUAAACCCGCUUGGCGUUUCGCUUCAUUUCUUUCUUUGCUUUCUGUUUUCCUUUCUUAAAGCAACUAUGAGGAGAAUGGCACUGUUGAAAAAUAAAUUACUAAAUACGGUGAUAGAGCCGGUUUCCACCGGAAGGAACAAAGUCACCGUGGUAGGCGUUGGCCAAGUCGGCAUGGCUUGCGCCUUCAGCAUCUUGUCGGACAACGUUUCGAGCGACUUGGUGCUCGUGGACGUAAUGGCGGAUAAGCUGAGGGGAGAGAUGAUGGAUUUGCAACACGGCAGUGCAUUCCUGAAGAACGCAAAGAUCAACGCAAGCACCGAUUACUCGGCCACGGCGAAUUCGAGCUUGUGCGUGGUGACGGCCGGUGCUCGCCAAAGAGAAGGCGAAACGAGGCUGGAUCUCGUUCAACGGAACACAGACAUCUUCAAAGGCAUCAUUCCGCAGCUGGUCAAAUAUAGCCCGGACACGAUCCUCCUGAUCGUCUCGAACCCGGUAGACAUUCUGACCUACGUGGCGUGGAAGCUUUCGGGCCUGCCAAAGAACCGAGUGAUCGGAAGUGGCACCAAUUUGGACUCCGCCCGAUUCCGCUUCCUCUUAUCACAGCGAUUGAAUAUCGCGCCUACAUCCUGCCACGGUUGGAUUAUCGGAGAACACGGCGAUACGAGUGUGCCGGUGUGGUCCGGAGUGAAUGUCGCUGGCGUCAGAUUGCGCGAUCUGAACGAGAACAUUGGCACGGACAAGGACACGGAGAAUUGGGGUGAACUGCACAAGCAGGUGGUAGACAGCGCGUACGAGGUGAUCAAGCUAAAGGGUUACACAUCGUGGGCCAUCGGCCUGAGCGUCGCGAACCUCGCGUCCGCUAUAUUGCGAAACUCCAACCAAGUUCACGCCGUAUCUACCAUGGUUACCGGAUAUCACGGUAUCAAGAAUGACGUGUUCUUGUCUCUGCCGUGCACCUUGGGCGAAGGAGGCGUCUCGAGUAUCGUGAAACAGAAGCUGACAGAAGGCGAGACGGCACUUUUGCAAAAGUCCGCCGAUAUGAUGCACGACGUGCAAAAGGACUUGAAAUUUUAAACAAUUCGUUCCGUUUCGUGCGAAUUUCACUUGCUCUCCUAGACGUGCGAUCUCGAUUAUCUUGUGCGACGAAAUUUCGCGUUCGUGUAACUGAAUGCGCGCAAUUUCUAUUGUUGCUUUGGCAACAACACCUUUGGUUUCUACUUGUGUGUUUUAUUACUUAAGUUUGCAUAAUCGACACUUGAGAGUGCUACUAAAAACAUUCAAGUUUCACUUGUACGUUCAAACACGCCGAAAACACUUCUGCGUGUUGUAAGUCGACACUUGAUAGUUGACGUGAAAAUCUUCUGCGAACAAUGUGUGUGCUCGUGUGACCAUAAAGUAUUACUAUUGUAUGUUGUCGAUGUUUAACAUUCGCAUUCAUUUAAUAUGAUAUUACGAUGCACUAAUUAUGUAUUAUUAUCAUGUAUGUGUUAUAUGAUACAAUAAUUAUACUAUGUAUGCAUGAAAUUAUGAUUUGACGCAAGACAAGACGAUACUUAAUCGAUAAGUCAUAGUACAACCACGUACGGUAUGCGAUUAACACUGACGACAGUCGGAGAGAACUUAAAAUAGAAAUCUAAAUUGAUUCAUUAUAAUAUUGUCAGGCAAUGUUCAAUGUCUACCUCACGAAACACGUAUAGAGACUAGUCUGUAAUUUUGUAUGAAAUUUAGAAUAUCACGCCUUUAUAUUUCCUGUGACUCGAGAUACCAUACUAUUGUCUCUAUAUUUAUAUCAAUGUUCUAGCAAGUCAAUAUUAAUUUCAAACAAACAAAUAAAAACUAUUUUCAACAAAAAA